AUGUUGCAGGCAAGACGCACUGACGGAUAAUAGCCAUCAUGUCAUCGUUAUUGACGAGAUCCACACACUUGCAUGCGUCGUCCUUUCCAUUCGUCAACGGCCGACAGAUCCUUUCGCAGCAUCGAUCAGUCGUGCGGCCGCGGUGAAAGCAUCCCCAAAUCACGGCGGCAUGAUUCGGAGUUGCUCGACACACGGCGAUCCACGGCCCAUCGAUGCAACGCAAGAAUCCGCCACGUAGCACGUCGCACAAACGUCAGCAGGCAGGAACAAGGUCACGUGUCCAGGCAGGACCACUUGGAUCGACACACGGCAGCAGCACGUCGCACGGGACGGCGGCAAUCAUCCAACACCUUACUCAAAUCACGCAAAACCUGCACACACACACGACAACACAAGCAGCAACAACGAAAUCACGUGUGUGGAUCGCGUGUGUUGGUCUGGCCUGCGCCUGUGCCCCCCUCGCUCACCUUAGUCUCAUAUUUGCGUAUCUGCAGGUACGGCUUCUGGCUGAUGAGCAUGAGCCCCUCCACGGCCAGCAGUCGUGCACCAGCCUGCGGGCCCCUCACCGCCACCCACAGCAGACCAUCCACCAGGCUCCCCAGCUCCUCAUUCACAAAGUCAACGGGCGAGGAACCCUUCCUCUCCCCAUCCACUGCUGGCGGCCCCGGUACCCUCACGGCCGCCGGCCUGGUCUGCUGCUCUAGUUUCAGGCAGGCCAGCAGGAGGAGCACCACGCGCACACUCAGCCCCUCAGUCACUUCUGACACCAGCUGGGACUCCUCGCUAGGCGGCUCUCCCUCUCCUCGCCUCUCCUUGGCGGACGAGGAUACCGUCUUGGCGAGACGGAUGGAGUGGGGGGCGUCGACGGCAUCAUCUGAGGGUGCUGCUGGUGGUGAUGGUCCUGGGCUGAUGCCGGUGGAGGUAGGGGUUGCGUCAGGGCUGCCUGUGGGAGGGAAGAGGGGCACCCGGCGUGUGGCGAGGUCCAUCCCGUUCAGCACCGUCAGCCUCAGCGCAUCAGGAAAGUCAUUCACCACGGUCUGGAUCGGCAGCCUCGCCAGCAUGGCAGCCACGCACGCCACCCCCGCCAGAUGCAGCUGUGGCGGCAGCAGGAAGGCAUGCAGCUUCGCCAUGGCCUUGUGGCACACCUUCUGCAGCACAUAACCCGACACCUCGCUCGCACUGUCGCUCCCCGACUCCAACGGCAGCGGGCACAAAAUGUUGAAUGCGAUGGGGGCUGCGAGGGCGGCGUAGGGGUCGGCCCGGCUGCUGGAGUCCAGGAGGCUUGUGAGGCCGUCCAGGAACCUCAUGGCCGACUUGCGUGACUGCGGCGAGGCUGCGGGGGCCGCCUGUCGGAUCCAGAGGGCCUUGGUGACCUGCCCGUAGCACCUGACGCCGCUGUGCAGCCUCUCCAGUGUGUGAUGGCAGGCCUCGUCGUGCCGCCGGUGCUCCUCAUUCUCCUGGUGGACAGUCUCCUUGAGCUCCCUGUCGAUUCUCUCCAGCAGAGGCGUCAGCCUCUCCUCGCUGCUGCACCGCACCGCCGCGCCGAUCGUCCGCAAAGCAUCCGUCUUGACGUCCUUCGUGGAGAGCUCGGCCAGGUACUGCGCCUCAGCCGUCGAGAGCGCCCCAUUCGGGAUUUCCUCGUCGGGCUGCCCCUCUUCUUCGAAGCAGAUGGCGAGACACAGCUGCACCAGGGGGGUCAUCAUGCCCCCGGCAGCCGUGCCUUCAGGCACCGCCUUCAAUGAAGGGGGGAACAGGUGGGGCACCACCUUGAGGAGCACCAUGCGAUGGAGGGAGGCUUGGGAAGAGGCAUCUGGCGGCUUGAACAGCAGCUCGAGCACCGCUGACAUGAUCUCCGCUUGUCGAUCAGGGCUGCUUCUGGUUUCGAAGGCCUCGACCAGCGCCUGAAGCAGACGUCCGGUGCUCAUCAGGAGCCUCUCGGCUUCGGGCGAGAGGCUGCCGCUGACCGACUGCUUUGCAAUCGUCGGGCGGAAAGAUGGCAGCGUCAGAAUCUGCUGGAACCACGAGGGGCCGAGCUGCUUUGCUACGCCGUCGGCAAGGGGAGAGCCUCCCGAUCGCUGCAGUGCCUCCGUCAGUGUCUGCUGGCCGAGCGUGAGGACCUCAAUGGCCGAUGGCGGAGCGGCCGGACUCUCCUGCAUCAUCGACGCCACCCACUCCCGCAGAAAAAACCUGAAGGAUGCGAGCAGCAGGUCGUCUGUGCCGCCAGAAGAGGGUGAAGAGAGAAGCUCCUUGGAGAGCGCCAGGCCGAUCCUCAAGGCCUUGAUGGCCGUCUCCUCAUCUCCUUCCACGACGGUCUCCUCACCGCCAUUUCUUGCCGCCUGUCCGUUGGCCGUCACCCCGGUUGCAGCAGCGGCUUUGUAGAUGUGUUGGAAGCCCUUGUAGAGGCACGACAGCACGGGCACCACCAGGGACCGGUAGACCUCCUGGUGUGAGCACCGGAUGCCCUCCAUCGCUGUGAGGAUGGUGAUCAAGAAGUGGUCGUCGGCCGCCGACUGCUGGUCGUGGUCAAAGAGAAAGGCCGUCGAGCUGAGCCGGACGAAGGUCCUCAUGUGGUCCUUCAGGCGCCCAAUGCAGCUUUCGUCGAUCGCCACUUUGGUGGCAAACAAUGCGUCCUCGUCCUCACCACCCUCCUGGUCGCCGCUGUCUUGGUCUCCCCCCUCCGCACAGACACCUGGCGCGUCGCUGGAGGGUGGUGCCGGCAGCGGCAGUAUCCUCAGCAUGGCCCGCACCACGGUGGCCACGUGCCUGUCGGGUGUGGACGAGAUGGCCGCCAGCUGGCCGAUCAGCCGCCACACGAGGAAGCCGAUCGUGUCGUGGUCGCCCUCGCUCCCUCCAGGCGUCUCUUUCACGUCUCUCUGGAGGUACGUCACAGCCCCCUUGCUGCCCUCAUCCUCCCUCUCCAGCACACGCAGCAGCUCGCAUUGCAGACGCAGCCCCUCCAGCGGCAGCCGACGGCUGUAUGUCCACUGGCUCGACCCCCUGGCCGCAUCGACGUGCAGCGCCUCACCGCUGCCGAGCGUCUUGGAAAGGUAGUCGAGCAGCAGCCGGAUGCUCGACCAGUCCACCGUGCAGCGGCCGCAUGAUGUGGUGGCAUCCUCAGUGGGCUCGUCUGCCUUGUUUUGUUGCUGCUGCAGCAUGACCGUGACGCGCUGCACGGCCUCGUCGAAGGUGAAGGUGAGGACAUGGAAGAAGGCCACGGGAGAGGACGCCGCCGCGGCGAGGAGCAGCUCCUCACACACCUUGAUCUGGCUGGGUGUGGGCUCCUUGCCUUUGUUCUCCUGCUCGUCGCCGCCGCUCUUGGUCAUGACGGCCCACACCUUCUUGAGCGACGGCGUCAGCAGCUCCUCGAACCAAGGAGGCGUCAUGCCCGCCGGCAGCCCGCUCGUGGCCACGCGCAGCACGUCACGCCAGAGGCCGAUCAGCUUGUUGCGGUAGCUGCACUCGUUGUCGAUGAUCUCGAAUUUGAGGAAGUCGAAGAGUGCGGGGAGGUGGGUCCGGGUGGCCUCGCUGCCGUACUGCUCGCAGCAGAAGACCAGGGCCUCGAUGGUCUCGUUGCGCGUGUCGCAGGUCUGCUCGCUGUCGGCCCGGAGUGAGUCGAUGAAGAAGGGGAUGACCUCCUUGGCCAGACGGGGGUGACACGCCAACGUCAGCUUGAGCUCUCUCUUGAGCAUCUCCUCUGCACACACACACACACACACACAGACAGACACACACACACACACAUCCACACACAUCCACAGACGCACAGCCAUGAGCACCUGAAUAAUGUGUCAGCCAGUGGGUGGCUCUUCCUUCCUUGACUGACCGGUGAUCUGGUUGGGAUCGUUGGGCGGCGGUGUGAAUGAGAUGGGGAAGUAGAGAGUAGUGACGUCGCUGAUGACGAGGGCGGUCUCGGCGCCGAUGAGGUCCUCAUACUUGGUCAAGAGCAGCCGCAGCAGGGGGAAGGUCAGGACCAGGUUCCGGGGGUCCUUCUCGUCCUCGAUCUGACUGCACACCUCAUUACCUGCAUCACAUCACAGCACGACACACACUUCACUUUCACUCACGGCCCAUGCCAUGCGUUUGUUUCAUUUGAGCAUGCCAUGCACGUGUGCUGUCUCCGAUGGAUGUACCCUAGGUACCUACCCAGCUUGAAUUCGAAAGACCUCAUCUCUUCCUCAUACUCUGUCAGCAGCAGAGUGAGGACCUGACGGACGGACGCGCAAACACAACACACAGUUUGUUUGCCCACUCCACUCCACUCCACUCGCCUACCCCGACACCGACAAACUGACUGACUGACCUCGAUGAGUAUCUUCCGGAUGCUCUGAGCGAACGACGGUCCAUGAACCUUCGAGAAAACCGCCUGCGCGAUGUUUUUGACCACCUCCUGCCCCUUGUCCCUGUCGUCGUCAAUCAGCACGCCCCGGUAGGACCUCAGGAUGGCCCUGAACGUGACUAGUGCACCCUCCACACUGUACCAAUCCUCCAGCCUCUCGGAGAAGAACGAAACCACCGUGUCGAGGUGCUUCCAGUUGACUCGCAGCCGCGGGCACUUGGUGAGCACCUCCCCGAUGAGCAGUGCCGACCGGCGACGCUCCUGCGCGAUGGAGCUGGUGAGUCCCUCCUGCAGGACGAGCACGAGAUCGAGGAGGGACUUGCUGCCGCCUCCCACGGCGAGGACAAUGCCAUUGAUAGCUUCGAGGUGGUUGGCGGCCGGCAGAUCUGGGUCGAUGUAGGACGACACGGCACUCUCGAACGCCAUCGGCGUGGCGGACAGGCCUAUCACGCCUUCUUCAGUCAUCGGCAGCGAACACGAGCGAUCUGGAUGUCAAAUGGCGCGUGACACCAUGGGAGAUCUUGCGAAAGGCCCCUUUCUUCCAC